GCCGCAUCAGAAUCACCCCGAACCUACCUAACCUGAUGAGUUCCUCCGCGACCGCGCCGCGUCUGCCUCCCCUCCUCGAUACUUGCGUUGCGUGAAUUACCAGUACCAGGUAUAGUCCUCUUCUUCUUGCGCGGUGGCUGCGCCGCCGUAGUCGUAGUCGGCGCGCCUUGGCCGGACGCCGCAGACACACAGCCUGCCUCACCGGGUAGCGCUGCUGCCAACUGUAGCUAAUCUGGUCUUGCUGGUCCCCAUCCCUAACACCAAAGAAUGCCACCACUUCCUCCCGAUUUAUCCUGGCACCACCAGCUCGAACACGCCAACACUGCUUCUCCUUCAUUCCUGAUGGUCAAUUUGGCCCGUUGCUAGAAAUAGGGCCGGCAGUGUUCUUCGUCCUUCCCCUUCUUCGUUGGAACAAGCAAUACUUAACAAGUGAGAUCGGCAUGGCAACCAACAAGACCAUGACGCCCUCAAUUUCGGGCUGGGCCGAGCGUUCGUUCGAUCGAGAUGAUAUGGCCCAACAAUGAACUGCUCUUUACUUUUUAUUUCCCUUUUGUCGGAGGAAGCCAUGAACGACGGCGUCGCUAGGUCGCCGAGUCGCCGACGCUGUCAACUCCCUGCGGCAUCACAAUCCAUGUCGCUCUAGGCGUGGGCUAAGCAUCAAGCGACCCGACGCUCGCCGAAUCAACAGCAGCGCCAGCGAAAAUCGGACCCUAGCGACGCUCUCCGACCAAACCAAGCAGCGGCGCGGCCACUUCAGCGCUCAGGCAGUGGCUCGGCCACAUCCAGGAGAGGGCCAGUGGGGAAGGCGCGGCGCCAAAUCGAGGAGGGGUCGCCGCCAGGGCGGCUGGACGGCGCCGGCUCGCCGGCUCCCCGUGGCCAGGCGGCCAGCCGCCUCCGUAGCCGCUCCUGACAUCUCUGCGUUGCUGCAACAGCAUACGGCUGCAUGGCGCACAGCGGCACAAGUACAGCCGCACAGGCACACGAAAGUGAGCGCGCCUCCGCGGUCCCCGUCCACCCCCAGCACCCCCUCUGACGUGCUUGCCGGCGAGUUGCGUACUGGCCUCAUUUGCCACACCAAAGCUCAACCAGGAUGUUCCCGUGGGAGAUGGACAUUGAUGGAGAGUCGAGCAAAACUCUGGGACAGAUGGAAGACCUGGAAAAAAUUCCAUUGGAGAAUGAGAGUUGUGGCAUUUGUAGAGACAUCGUCAUCGACAGAGGAGUUUUGGAUUGUUGCUCACACUGGUUUUGCUAUACAUGUAUUGACAACUGGGCCGCCAUCACAAAUCGGUGCCCCCUUUGCAAAAGUGAAUUCCAACACAUAACAUGCACUCCAGUAUAUGGUACGAUUGGAGCUACUGACGAAGAUGAAUACUCUUUAACCAGCUGUGAUGAUGAUUGGUAUGGGCAAGAGGAAAGCAGCACACUUUCCUUCCCGUCAUACUAUAUUGAUGCAGAAGCCGUAGUUUGUUUGGAUGAUGGUGAUUGCAAGAUUCGGAAUGGACUUGUGGCAGCUGAGGAUGAUUCAACUUUAGAUACAUCUAUUGCUUGUGAUUCCUGUGAUAAAUGGUACCAUGCUAUUUGUGUGGCGUUCAAUGCAACAAUGGCAUCUGACAGUUCAUGGCUCUGCCCAAGAUGCAAGUUUAACGAAGUGGAAUAUGAGGCAAAUGUAAUCUUGAAGCAAAACCUUGGUGAGGACUGUGUGAUUGGUUCUGAUAGGACAUGUACCAACGCAUCAUUUUCUGGGAGGGUGUCAGUAUCUGUUGCUGAUGAGGGAGAAACUGCCCUUGUUGUAUCAAUGGUGGGUGCACAUUCUGAAACUAGGGGUGGUCUAUCAGAAGCUUCACUAGGACUUGAGACAGCACAUGAAACAUUUAACUGCAGUCCAUACCCAAGCCAUUCAAAAGAUGUCCUUGUUGCAGAUGCUAGUUCCUUGAGGAACACAGAUAUUGUCAGUAGAUCCCAGAAUAAACCUUCUGAAAUAAAUGUUGUCCACACUCUUUGUUCUGAGCCUACAGAAACAUCACUACAAUUUUCACCAAUACGUGAGCCAGCAACAACCAUAUUUAGCUCAGAGCAGGAUAACAUGUCAACUGAACGGUUGGAAGUGCCAAAGCUUGUGUCAUCUUGUCCAGUAGUAGAUAACAGCAAGGAGGCUAAAAGUACUGGAGAGGAGAAUGCAGCGCAGCAAAGCAAUAAUGAAUUAUCUUCUGUAAUCAAAUCUCCACAACCUGCCUCAUCAGAUGCAGUUCAUCAGAUGAAAACUGCACAAAACCUACAGUUGCCACUUAGGCAUGAUGAGCAUAGUAGCGAUGACAGGAAAGAAGAACACAUUGAAUCUGGAAAUGAAAUGAUCCAUCCUGCGAAGAAAGCAAAACUGGAAGUGCAAGAGGACAUUAAUGUAAUCGGAAACUUUGAUUUUUCUUCAAUACAUAGUCAUACUACUAGUCCUGCAAAAGCUAUUACCGACGACAUUAUGUCAGAGUCUGUUGCACAACAGAAAUCCAUUCCUGAUAUAAUGAGCAUUGUUGACGGUGAGGUUUACAGAAGGGAUCCUGGUAGAGAGCUGGCUAAACCUGUAGGAAGAAGAGCAGGAGAUAAGCCUGGUCCUAGAGUGAAAAAGAUCUUCCGAAAGGAAGAAGGAAAAGAAUCAUCUGCCUUGGUUCAAAAGCUACAGAAAGAGAUUAAGGAAGUAGUUAGAGAUACAGGCACAAAUAUACUUGAGAAGGAUGAAUCUUUUGAUGAAAAACUGUUGACUGCGUUCCGGGCAGCUAUAGGGAAAUCAGUGGAUGGACCAGCCAAAAGUACUAACACCAAUCAAUUAAUAAGAACAAGGAGGUCAUUGCUUCAGAAGGGCAAGAAACGUGAGAAUUUGACCAAAAAGUUGUAUGGAACAUCUACAGGAAGAAGAAGAAGCGAUUGGCAUCGUGAUUGGGAAGUUGAAUUCUGGAAAUACCGUUGCUCCCCAGGAAUAAAUCCUGAAAAGAUUGAGACAUUGCAAUCAGUACUUCAGCUACUAAAGAAAUCCUCUGAAAUGGACAAGGAAAGUGCUAAGGGGAAAAGGGAAGAGAACAACAACAGUUCCAUUUUGUCUAGGUUGUAUUUAGCUGAUGCAUCAGUUGUUCCCAGGAAGGAUGAUAUUAGGCCUCUCUCUGCCCUUGCAGGAUGUGCGCCAUUAGAAAAAAGUAGCCAAAUUAAAGCUAGUUGUAACAAAUCGUCUAGCAUACCUGCAGGAGGCAACGAGACAAUGAAAAUCAGUUCACCCAGCAGCACUGGGAAAGCAUCAAGCUAUUCAAUUCUGAAUAAAGAGGCACCUAGCAGAAGAGAAAAUAGAAAUAGCCAGCCCUCCCAGGACAAGAGAAACCAAUCCUCUGGUGAUAUCAAGCAGGACAAAAGAAAAUGGGCUCUUGAGAUCCUGGCAAGAAAAAAUGCCAGUUCUAUUACAAAUAAAGAUCAAACUGGAGGCAAUGAUGCUCUUAAGGGAAACUUCCCUCUACUGGCACAACUUCCGGUUGAUAUGAGGCCGCAGCUGGCAGCUGGCAGCAACAAAAAGGUUCCGGUAUCAGUUAGACAGGCACAAUUUCACCGAAUUGCUGAGCAUUAUUUGCAGAAAGCAAAUUUGGAUGUCAUUCGCAGAUGUGCAGAUACUGAAUUGGCCAUUGCUGAUGCUGUCAAUGUAGAAAAGGGUAUUUAUGAAAGGUCAAAUAGCAAAUCAAUUUAUGUGAAUCUUUGCUCUCAGGCUACUCGCCAGCAUGCCAAGGCAAAAUCUGAUAAUGACACUUCAACUCUAACCAAAAGGACUGAAUCAGGCAGUGAUCAGAUAUCACAGGAAGCUACAUCUGAGGGUACCAAUGUUAGUGGCAGUGAUAUGGAAGAGGAUCUAAACAGAGCAGCUAUCUCCAAUCAAAAGAAUGAACUAGAGGAUGAUACUGCCCCAGAACAUAUUGUGCACAAGGAUACUGUUAGCUUCAACAGUGCAGAAGACGCACUAAGGAAAGCGGGCCUUUUUGAUUCCCCUCCUAACAGUCCUGAGAGAGGGAACACGGCGGUUGAAGGAGAAUCCAGGCUAGAGGAACCUGGCAAAAACUUACAGUCAAAUCCUGAGGAUGUAUCCUUACUGAAAGAUGGAAAUUCAUCUUUGCCUACUGAUCUUGAUGCUGCAAACUGUCAAAGCCUUGACACCAUUAUGUGUGAGCAGCCAGAACCUAAUUCUGAGGAGCAACAAAAGUUGACAGGCAAGGUUGAAAUUGAUAACGUUGCAACAAACAAAACCAAACAACCUAAUAAUGAAGGGCAACAUAAGUUGAUAGGCAAGGGAGACACUGAGGACGUUGCAGCAAACAAAACAAAUGCCGCAAACCUGACUGAAGGCGAUAGGUGCAGUGAGAAGCAUGAAAAAUCAAAUGGACCUGUUAUAGAAAUUUCAGUUGAUUGCAACAUGCCCGAUAAAAUUACUGGGCAUGUGGAGGCUUCGAGAGAGAUAGAAAAGGCAGCAAUCGGUUUACCUAAUCAAUCUCACGAGGAUGAUUUGACAAGAGACAGUGAAGUGAUCAGCAAACCAAAGAACUCAGAGCUCACUAAAGAGAAAUCCUGCAGUGACAAACCAUCAACAAGCAGCAAAGACCCGAAAGGAGACAAACCAAACCGUGCAGCUGAAGGUGGAGAUGAUCCGAAGAAAAGGCCGCGUGAUCAAGCCGGUAAAAAUACGUCAGAUGCCUCAAACUCGACAUAUAAGAAGGUUGAAAUGUUCGUGAAAGAGCAGAUCAGGCCACUUUGCAAGAGUGCCGUGAUCACGGUCGAUCAAUAUAAGUGGGCUGUCGCGAAAACAACUGACAAGGUAAUGAGCUUCCACCGCGACGCCAAAAAUGCAAACUUUUUGAUCAAGGAGGGUGACAAGGUGAGGAAGCUCGCGCUGCAGUACGUCGAGGCAUCUCAGCAGAAGAUCAGUUGAGACCCUUUACCGGAUUUGUAAAAUGUGUUCACAAUAGCUGCCAUUGUUUCCUCAUGCUGGAAGCAAGCAAUCCAUGUAAAUGACUGGGUGUGCGGAUCACAUGGUCAACCGUGUACAGGCCACCCUUCCCGUAAAUACAUCUGCUUAUGCAUUUUGACAUGAUGAACAAGUGCUUCAGGUGAAAUUGAAGAAGUUUUGCUUGAAUCUGUCCCACAACAUCAAGGUUACUCAGUAAUCUUAGCAUGUUGUGUUUCAGAUAGGUAGCAAAAUAAGGUGGCAACUUAGCGGUAUCUCA